AUGGAUCCACAACGAGACUUCCCCGCCGACGUGCUGGCGAACAUCCUGAUGCGCCUCCUGCCCAACACCCGCCGCCGUCUCCGCCUCGUCUGCCGGCACUGGCGCCACGUCGUCGGCACGCGCACGGCCACCAGCCUGCGGAGCCGCGCCAAGACACUCGUCGCCGCCACGGGCUCCGCCUGCGUCAUCGACAACCUAUGGGCUCCAUGGAAGCCUAGAGAGCUGUGGCCGGAAUUCAUGGCAGACCACUACAAGUGCAUGAGCGUGGUCGGCACCUGCAACGGCCUCGUUUGCCUCUGCGAUGACCGGGAGCUCGGCGGCGCCAUCACCGUGGCCAACCCCGUCACAGGGGAGGCGCUGAGGCUCCCGCCGCUGCCACCGCCGCGUUUUGAUGAUCAAAGCACGUGCUACGAUAGGAGCUGGCACGCGGCCUACAGCUUCGCCUACCUCCCGACCUCGGGGCUGUACAAGGUUGUCCACGUCCCGUGCCACCUGGACCGCUCCGUUUACGACAGGGUGCACGUGAUUACGCUGGGGGAGAAAUCGUGGCGGGGUGUGCCGGCCGGCUCCGGUGCAAGAUGUAGCCUUGGCGACAACGUCGUCAGCGUCGACGGCGUGACCUACUGGACCACGCCGGAGGCCGACAAGGUCAUGUCGUUCGACCUCGAGCACGGACGCUUCACGUCCAUUAGGUCACUACCCUCCGUAGUGUUGUCCAGCUCCAAAAACGGCGGCAGCUGGCACCUAGGAGAUGUGCACGGUAGGCUGGCCAUCGUCUUUACCCAACUCUCGUCGGCAAUGGAGAGGACAGAGGUCUGGGUAAUGCAGGGUCGUACGGUGGGGCAGAUCAGGUGGAGCUGCUGA